GGGAAUCUCCCCACCUACAUUUGCGCUCACAAGGGAUCAAAAGGGAAUAUAAUCCCACAUAUUCCACCAUUUCCCUUUCCCCCUCCCUCUUUCUCUCCUUUCCCAUCACUCAAACUAAAUUACACCACCAAUCAAAUCCUAGCAUUUCAUGAUACACACAAUAAGAGAGAGAGAAAGAAAAGAAACCAACUUAGCUUUUCUCCUCCUCUCCCCUCUCUCUCUCUCUCUCUCUCUCUCUCUCUCUCUCUCUCUCAACAUCUUGGAGAGGAGGAUGGGCUCCGAGGACUCGUCGACCGCGGCGGGAAGCAGCGAGUUCGGCUUGAGGAAGCGGGGAGGCAAGAAGAGGAAGUGGGAGCUGGUCGAGUUCGACGCGUUGCCGGAUUAUUUGAAGGACAAUGAGUUCAUUGUAGGGCACUACAGAUGCGAGUGGCCUCUCAAGGAGACCAUCCUCAGCAUCUUCUCCAUCCACAAUGAGACCCUCAAUGUUUGGUCGCAUCUAAUUGGGUUUCUCAUCUUUAUGAUCCUAACCAUAUUCACCACAAUGGUGACACCCAAAGAAGAGAGGAAUAUCCCUUCAAUGAGGCAGUGCAUGGGUUUGGUGGAGACCAACAUGACAGCAGAGGGGGAGGCAUGCAUCAUUGCCUGCCUGGUAUCUCCAAAUAUUCCAGCUAAUGAAAUUGAGGCCUCUCUGUCACCUCUGCACAGCUUGCAUCUCCCUGACAUUCUCACCAGCUACCUCCCCAGCAGAUUCUCCCAUGCCAACCUCAGCAACAACCCUUAUUUUCCGUCUGCACCUGAAGUCGAAGUCGCCGAUACGCUCUCACUUUCUGUGACCACCUCCGCCACCGCCACGACGGCGCCGAUCACGCGGUGGCCGAUUCUUGCAUUCCUCUGCGGCGCCAUGUUCUGCCUCCUCACCAGCAGCAUCUGCCAUCUGAUCCUUUGCCACUCCGAGCAGAUGGCCUGCUUCAUGCUCCGCCUCGACUACGCAGGCAUCACCGUCCUCAUCGUCACGUCUUUCUAUCCUUUAGUCUUCUACUCCUUCCUCUGCGACCCCUUCUACUGCGCUCUCUACACGGGCUUCAUCACCGCCUUCGGCACCGCCGCUUUCGUGGCCUCCCUCAUCCCCGUUUUCCAGACUCCCCAGUUUCGGCCAAUCCGAGCCGCACUCUUCGCCGCCAUGGGCGUCUCCGGCAUCGUUCCCAUCGUGCACAAGCUCAUCGUGUUCCACGACCGGCCCGAAGCGGUCGUCUCUACCGGAUAUGAAGUUCUCAUGGGGGCGUUUUACGCGGCGGGCGUGGUCGUGUACGCGGCGCGCGUGCCGGAGCGGUGGCUCCCCGGAGGGUUCGACCUGGUCGGGCACAGCCACCAAUUGUUUCACUUGCUGGUAAUUGCAGGGGCGUACACACACUAUCUCGGAGGAUUAGUUUAUCUCAAAUGGAGGGACGUGGAAAAGUGCUUAUAAUUAUAACAAUAAUAAUAAGCACAAUAAUAAUCAGAACAAUAAUUAGAAGAGAUUAAUUAGGAGUGAUUUUUGGGGAAGCAAUUCUUUUUGUGUAUGAGUUGGGGGUUAAUCCAGGAUCUCCAACUUGUGCAUAAGCCAUUUAGAGCGAUAGUAGAUUUUAUACACUUUUUAAGAUUGUUUAGAGAAGGAAACAAGAGAAAGAACAGAUGUAUGCAUGCAUUAUGUAUAAUGAGAGGAUCGCAGUUGAUUUGUUGAUUUGUUUGUACUAGUGUGAAAUACUACUUAUAUAUAAAUAAUUUGUGUGA